CUUUUUGUUUUGUUUUUCCACUAGAUGGCGAGCUUGUCUUCUGCCGUGUUAGGAUUUUUUGACGUGUCGUCUUUCCCAGCCUCCCUUACACUUCCUGCUUCGGUAGCUGCCUGUGUGUUUGAGCAAACGAUACAUCAACAACAAGAUGGAAUAGUUGUGAAAAUUUAGUGAAACCCCGUCAAUGACAACGUUGUAUUUACUUGUGGCAAGCUAUUCAAUUAAACACUUUAUUUAAAUGUCAGUUCUUAGGACUUGAAGGUUGUUGGCACAACAUCAACAAUGCAUCUCUCUCCCACCAACGGAGAUUUUACCUUCGUCUCAUCAACUGAAGCCGAGGGUAAUGUUAGCAGGCCGUGAAUACUGUCAUCUGUGUUUAUGUUAUUUUUUGUUAGCUACCGUAUUUGUCAACACGUCAUUCUGCUAACUUGACAUUUAAUUAAUUAGGUAGUUAACUUGAGUACAGUGUUGUCGUUUUUGACAAGUUACCGUGGUUCGGAGAGAUUUGACAACUUUCUGCUGCUACUACUGUACGGCUAGGCUAACGUUAGCAAGCUAACUAGCUAGCUAUAUCACUGAAGGAAAUCCAACUAUAACUACAUAUUAUUAUUCUACUGAAGAUAAGUUUAAUACAUAAUUCUACAAUAUAUUUGGACUAGUUUAAUGUAUUUCCCAUUGAGGAAAUACAGUUUAAAGGUCCAAUGCAGCCGUUUUUAUCUCAAUAUCAAACCAUUUCUGGGUAACAAGUACCUUACUGUGAUUGUUUUCAGUUAAAAUGGUCAAAAAGAGAGAAAUUACUUCCUAGCAAAGACUAAUUGCUAGGGCGCUCUGCGAGUGGUCGGAAUAGGGAGGGGAAACCAAGGGGCUAGGGUUCUGGUAUAGAAGCACGGGUUUGACUGCUCCUACAGUUUUGCUUCGGUACUGCAGUUUAAAGCUGCAAUAUGUAACUUUUUAGGCGACCGACCAAGUUCACAUAGAAAUGUACAUUAUAGAUCUGUCAAGUCUAAGAAGCGGUAUAUCUGUUCUAUGUGCGCUAUUUCUAUGCUUCCCAUUCUUCAGUUUCGUUUUUGCAUCUUUUACUUUAGGUUUUUUACACCAGCUGAAAAUACAAUAUCUUUGGUUAUUUAAAAUAUAUUUCACAGCAGUUUAGAUCGUACAAUGAUUCUCUACUUGCUUGUUUUGUCACAUUAACUGAAAUUAGGCGAACUAUUUGAAUUUUAGCAACCACAAAAUGGCGGAGUGAUUUUUGCAUAUUGCACCUUUAACUGAUGCCGGCUCAGAAAUACAAUUUCCAUAGAUGGCCACAUAGAGAAGUCAGAUAUACAAUUCAUAAUAAAAUACUUUAGUCAUAACCUUUGUGCACAAAACAUCCAUUGAAUUAUUCAAAUAUAUUAAAUUUUUUAUCACUCACAGCAUCAGAAGAUUUUAACAUUUUAUGUAUAUUCAUCCAAUUUCUGCCAUUUUUUUGGAUAAUGUGAUGUCGUCGAUGCUCGCGCUGCUUCUGUGUGAACUGAGUGCAAGCGCGCAUGUGAUGUAUAAAACGGAUGCAACCCAGAUAUAGACGGCCCAUGAAUCGGCGUAUACGAACACGAGUAGAUUAACUUCAAAACAACGGGCGGACAUCAUGGACACAGUCUCCAGUUCUUAUAUUACCUCAGUGGGGAAAACUGAAAAAGGUGGCAGAGCUAGAGAGGGGUUUGUCAGACCAUGAGACAUCCCGAAAAUCGGUGUUCUUACCAAACUAUUAUGACCCCUAUAUGGAAAGAUGAGACUCAUGAACACAAUGUUCUCCGUUUUGCUCUACGACCUCCACAAGACUCUUCUGAAGUCGGUACAGCCGAUCUGCCAACUUCUGUCUGUCUGUAGCAUUUAACCAAUAAUCGUUUACAUUAAAUUCCCUACAGAUCUAAGCGGUACUAUUGAUGCCCCAGAUGUUAAAUUGAGCAUGGGCAGUGACAAUGCAAAAGACCCAUAUGCAACCACGUUCCUGAGGAAACGAGGCUAUGGUUGGCUCCUGGAAGUAGAAGAGGAUGACCCCGAAGACAACAAACCUCUUCUGUGAGUACUUUCUUCAAGAAACCCAUUCUUUAUCCAUGCACAUUGAUAUUAAAAUGACACUUGAUUUGUCCAUCAAUACAAUUGAAAUGUGCUGAUAUCUCACGAUGCUCCUGUAAAAUCUCAUGUGAUUAGGGAGGAGCUGGACAUCGACCUGAAAGACAUCUACUACAAGAUCCGCUGUGUGCUGAUGCCAAUGCCCUCCUUGGGCUUCAACCGGCAGGUUGUGAGGGACAACCCUGACUUCUGGGGCCCGCUGGCUGUAGUGCUCCUGUUCUCCAUGAUCUCCAUCUACGGACAGUUCAGGGUGAGGCGGCAGUACAAGCUGUGAAUUUGUUGGUCUCAGAUCAUAUCUUACAUCUGGCCCUUGGCUGUUGGUUAAACUAAGUCAGAUUACUCAGAAAAAGUCAAUGGUGAACUUUGAUUGUAAGGUUGAGAUUUGAAACAACAUUAGAUGCAUACGCUGCUCACACAAACAGUGCUUGAUUCACUAGUUAUCUUCAUUAACUGAAUUGAAUUAAAUGGGAGGCAGCCUACAUUGAUAUAUCUAAUGAUAUAAGAAUGUUCAGAAAAGGACUUACCCCACCAAAAUAUUUUUGUCUUCUAGAGACUGGUACCAUGUCACAAUUAUUUUCUUCUGUGUUUUAAUUAUUUGUUGCCUUAUUAUUUUUUCCUAAGGUCGUGUCUUGGAUAAUUACCAUUUGGAUAUUCGGAUCUUUAACAAUCUUUUUGCUGGCUCGUGUUCUUGGUGGUGAGGUAAGAAAUACCUAAGUUUACAUUUAGCUGAAAUAAAUCAUAUUUCGAGUCUUGAUGAGUAAUACAUUCUCUUACUUGAUACUGUACAUGCAUCUUUGGAUGUGCAUUUGCUUCCUAUUACAACAUGAAUGAUGUGGCAUGCUGUGAAACACUGACUUGCAUUGUUCUGUAUCGGAUAGGUGUCUUAUGGACAAGUUCUUGGAGUGAUUGGAUACUCUCUACUCCCGCUCAUCGUUAUAGCCCCAUUGCUUUUGGUCAUUGGGGGUUUUGAUGUUGUUUCUACACUAAUAAAGGUGAGCAUAGGAGCAAAGAUAAUCAACCUUUAUUCUAUCUGAUUUUUCUCACAAAUGAAUCUCUGUAAUUCAGCAUUGCACGUUUGAUUUAACAUACACUAACAUAUUCAAAGCUUUUUUUACAUUUCUGUAUUUUAUUAGAUUUUUUAGAAAGUACAAAUGGACUCUUAAAUCAGAUAUGUUCAUUAGUUGUUAGUAACUGUCUUUCAUUUUUCAGCUUUCUGGAGUAUUUUGGGCUGCUUACAGUGCUGCUUCACUGCUUGUUGGGGAUGAAUUCAAAACCAAGAAGCCUCUGCUCAUAUACCCCAUUUUUCUUUUGUACAUCUACUUCCUGUCACUAUAUACUGGUGUCUGAUUGGACAAAUGGCUACUCCGUGGUUGGCGAAUGACACAAAGCACCGUGAAAAGACACACAAAUAUUCAUUCCACAAUGAAAAUAAGGAGUAUGGAUUUUUGAAAGGUCAUUUUCUCCCUCUUUAACCCUGUUUACAAUCUUAGACUGUGGGGAUAUAAGGGUGUAUGUUACAUCAGUGUAUUUAAAUGUACCCCUUACCUCUGUGCUCAGUAAAAAGUGGUUGCUUAUGGUCUAAGCUCUACAUUCAAAUUUAAUUGUAAUAAGAGCACAGGUUCGCAUUGGCAUCAUAUAAGAGGAGUGUAAUUAUUUAAUCAAGGCGUCAAAUCUGGUUUUGGUAAUCAUGGGAGGGUCACAUACUGUCAUUGAUUUUUGUUAAUGCUUUUAUUCCAUAGAGGAAGGUGGUGCCAAAUACAGUGCAAAUAUGUUCAAUUUGAACCAAGGGGUUAAGAAAGAAGUCUGCCCCUAACGUCAGCCCGUAAGGAUCCCAUUAUUGUGUAAGGGAGUGGGAUUAGCAUACUGUUAUGCAUAGUUAUGCAUAGUUAUGCAUUAUUUAGUUGUCAUUUCUGCCUGGGUAGACAAGUAGAUGGGCAGUUUGAGUGAAAUAAAACAAAGUACUGAAGUUUGGUGCCUUUCAUUAGUUGUUUUAUACAGUUGUUUAAAAAUAUUUUAUUGAAAGGAUGUAUAUUUUCAGACAACUUGCUUGUAUCUAUUGUAUGUAUUCAGAACAUGUUAUACAAUUGUAGAAAAUUACUAGACCUGGAACAAUAGAGAUAGUUAUAAAACACUCAUUAUUUCACACUAGGGGGGCUUAAAAGAUAUCAACAUAAUUGUCUGUAUAACU